AUGGAGCGCAUGGAGGUGACCGAGACCUUCGCGGGCAUCGCCCUGCCCGGCCACCUCCACACCCAGGAGUCCCUCGGCUUCGCCGCCGCCUUCACCUUCCGCCCCAGCGACGUGCUGAUCGCCACCUACCCCAAAUCGGGCACCACCUGGAUGCAGGAGAUCCUGACGCUGCUCUUCAGCCUCGGCGACGCCCGGCCGGCCAAGACCAUUCCCAACUGGGAGAGGGCGCCGUGGCUGGAGCAGAUCUACUGCCGGGAGGCUCUGCGGGACACGGGCGGCCCGCGGCUCCUCACCACGCACCUGCCCGCGCCCGUGCUGGCCCCCGCCCUGCAGCGCAGCAAGGCCAAGGUGAUCUACGUGGCCAGGAACCCCAAAGACGUCGCCGUCUCCUUCUACCACUUCCACCACCUGGCCAAGUUCCUGCCCGACCCCAGCUCCUUCGAUGCCUUCCUGACGCAGUUCCUCGAGGGCACAGUGCACUACGGCUCCUGGUUCGAGCACGUCAAGGGCUGGCUGGGCCAGCGGCACCGCCUGGACAUCCUCUAUGUCACCUACGAGGAGCUGCACCAGGACCUGCGGGGCACCGCGCAGCGCCUCAGCACCUUCCUGGGGUGCCCGCUGGCACCGGGCACGCUGGCAGCCCUGGAGCAGCACUGCAGCUUCUCGGCCAUGCGGGACAACGCCAUGGCUAACUACUCCCUGAUCCCCGCCGAGAUCAUGGACCACAGCCAGGGCCGCUUCAUGCGCAAGGGGGUGGUGGGGGACUGGCGCAGCCACUUCUCCCCCGAGCAGAACGCGCUCUUCAACCGGCGCUACCAGGAGGAGAUGGGGGACACGGAGCUGCCCACACAGUGGCCCAUGGCCUGAGGGAGCCGCCGGGCUUUGGGGGGACGCUGAGCCCUCACCUGCUGACAACCACAUGGAGACCCUGCAGGGCCCCUCCAAAGCCCCCCUGUGUCACCCGCCGGGGCCGGGGGUCUGGGAGCA